AUGCUGCAUUUGAGUAAGGGGGAUUUUGUGUGGGUGGACUCUGGCGUCGGGGUGCCGAUCGGGGCGGAGGUCAGGGUGACAGACACUGGACAGCUCCAGCUGGUUGACGAUGAAGGAAAGGAGCACAAGAUCAACAAGAAGACGGAGGGCGCCAUCCGGCCCAUGCACCCCACCUCCGUGAAGGGCGUGGACGACAUGAUAAGACUGGGAGACCUCAACGAGGCCGGGCUCCUCAGGAACCUCCUGGUGCGACACAAAGAAGGAUCCAUCUACACGUACACAGGCUCCAUUCUGGUAGCAGUCAACCCUUACCAGCUGCUGCCCAUCUACACCACCGACCAUGUGCACAUGUACACAGACCGACGGCUGGGCGAGCUGCCACCGCACGUCUUCGCCAUCGCAGACAGCUGCUUCUUCAACAUGCGCCGCAACCAAAAGAACCAGUGCUGCGUCAUCAGUGGAGAGUCGGGAGCAGGAAAAACAGAGAGCACCAAGCUCAUGCUGCAGUUCCUGGCUGCAGUGAGCGGCCAGCAUUCGUGGAUCGAGCAGCAGAUUCUUGAAGCAAAUCCCAUCUUGGAGGCCUUUGGUAAUGCCAAAACCAUCCGUAAUGAUAACUCCAGUCGUUUUGGGAAGUACAUUGACAUCAACUUCACCAAGGGUGGGGCCAUCGAGGGGGCCCGCGUCGAGCAGUACCUGCUGGAGAAGUCCAGAGUGUGUCGUCAGGCGCCUCAGGAGAGAAACUACCACAUCUUUUACUACAUGCUGAUGGGGAUGGCCGCUGAGCAGAAGAAGAUUCUUAACCUCGGAAACGCUGCUGAGUACAACUAUCUGACCAUGGGUAACUGCACCAGCUGUGAAGGACGCGAUGAUGUGAAGGAAUACGCUCACUUCCGCUCAGCUCUCAAGAUCCUCAUGUUCUCGGAGAAUGACUCUUGGGAAAUCUCCAAGCUGCUCGCUGCUAUUCUUCACCUGGGCAACGUGGACUUUGAAGCCACCAUAGUAAAUAAUCUAGAGGGCUGCGACAUCCGCAAAUCAUCACAUUUCAACAUGGCGAGCCAACUCUUGGAGGUGGAUCUGAAAGCGCUGGAGAAGAGUCUGACUCAGCGCUCCUUCCUGACAAUCAGAGAGAGCGUGACCAAACCUCUGACCUCGGCCCAGGCCGUGGACGGCAGGGACGCCUUUGUCAAGGCGAUUUAUGGAAGACUUUUCCUUUGGGUCGUGGACAAAAUCAACACUGCCGUUUACAAGCCACCUGAAGACUCCAAAGACGUCCGACAGUCCAUCGGCUUGCUCGACAUCUUCGGCUUUGAGAACUUCCUCAAAAACAGCUUUGAGCAGCUGUGCAUCAACUUUGCCAACGAGCAGCUGCAGCAGUUCUUUGUCAGGCAUGUUUUCAAGCUGGAGCAGGAGGAAUAUAACCGGGAAAACAUUGUUUGGAAGCACAUUGACUACAAAGACAACCAGCGCACCCUGGACGUGCUGGCCAACAAACCUCUGAACAUGCUGGCGCUGAUUGACGAGGAGAGCAACUUCCCCAAGGGCACAGAUGCCACACUGCUACAAAAACUGAAUCAGGUCCACGGGAAAGGGGACAUCUACAUUUCCCCCAAGAACAACUAUGAGACUCAGUUUGGAAUCCAGCACUUUGCCGGAGAGGUCUACUAUGAUUCAAAAGGUUUCCUCGAGAAAAACCGUGACGCUCUCAGCUCAGAUCUGAUUCAGCUGGUGGAGACCUCCACCAAUAAACUCCUCAAGAAGACAUUUAAGGACGUGCUGUCCUCCAACGCGAUCAAAAGCAGCACCAACCCCAGGAUGAUCAUCACCACGGCCAGCAACAGCCUGCGGCAAGCAUCUGAUAACAAGAAGCGUGUGCCAACUCUGACCGGCCAGUUCCGACAGUCUCUGGAUUCCCUGAUGAAAACACUGACUGUGUGCCAGCCGUACUUCAUCCGCUGCAUUAAACCCAACGACUUCAAGAAGCCCAUGCUGUUUGACAGAGACCUGUGCAUACGUCAGCUCCGCUACUCUGGGAUGAUGGAGACCAUCAGGAUCCGGAAAGCUGGAUACCCCGUACGCUACACAUUUGACGAGUUUCUGACUCGCUACCGUGUCCUUCUGAAAACGUCCCUCUGUGAUCCCAAAAUAGAGAGUAAACAGAAAUGCUGUGAAAGCAUUUGUGAGUCUGUGCUCGCUGGAGAGGGCGACUGGAAGACCGGCAAGACCAAGAUAUUCCUCAAGGACUUCCAUGACACGAUGCUCGAACUGGAGCGAAUGAAAGAGCUAAAUGCGAAAGCUCUUCUGAUCCAGAAAGUCCUGAGAGGCUACAAAUACAGGAGACAGUUUCUGAGGCAAAGGGCAGGCGCUCUUGUCAUUCAGAAAUACUGGAGAGGACACAAAGGCAGAAAGCUGUACAGAGUGGUCCAGCUUGGCUUUGCCAGGCUGCAGGCGCAGGUUCGAUCUCGCCAGCUCCACUCUCAGUACAAGAGGAAGCGGGAGGCGUCCAUCGUGCUGCAGGCCCAAAUUAGAGGAUAUCUGGCAAGGAAGGAGUGGAAGAGGAAGAGAGACGCUGUGAUCCUCCUGCAGGCGCACAUCAGGGGCGGACUGGCAAGAAAGAAGACCAAAAAGAUGAAGACAGAUAUGUACCUCUCUGCCAAAGAGAAAGAAGAAGAAUGGCUGGCCAUUUUGGAAAGACAGAAACACUUGGAGGAAGUGCUGCGGCGGAAGAAAGAGAUGGAGGCCAGAGCUCGGACUGAGUCCAUCACAGAACAGGAGAUCGUGGAGCGCAUGUUUGAGUUCUUACCCGUUGUCGUUGGAGGGCAGGAGGGGCAAGCGCCUGUGGGAUUUGAGAAAUUUGAAGGGAAGAGGACAGUUAUAGAGGAGAUAGACAUCGACGACAUCCCCAUGGAGGAAGAUUUCCCCAAAGAAGACUACGAUGACCUGGAUGAGUACUCCUUCUCCAAAUUUGCGUCCAUGUACUUCCAGGGUGCAGCCACCUACAGCCACAUCCGGCAGAGGCUUCGGCAGCCGCUGCUGUACCACGAGGAUGAAGGAGACGUCCUGGCUUCGCUGACGGUGUGGUGGAUCAUCCUGAGGUUCAUGGGAGACCUCCCUGAGCCGAAGAAGCAGGUCCGGGUCCAGGGAACCGCCCCACAGGAACGCUUUAUGCCGCAGGAACUCAUCUCCAGAAAGGACCGACGACUCAGCCACAUGGUUGGCCUGGAUCAGAGGGUGCUGAGGAAUAAAAAAGAAAGAAAACCUUCCACCGUACCAGAGGAGCCAGCACCAAACAGAAAGGGCUCCAUUUUCACAGACCUUCUGUCGAGGAACAGGAAGGCUUCGGCUGUUCCCGGUGAGAUAAACCCGAAGGUUUACACUGUGCCAGAGGGGAGCCCCCGAGUGAGGAAGGGAUCCACAUUCACCGACCUCCUGUCCAGAAACAGAAAAGCAUCGACUAUUCAAGAAAACGGAAUCCCAAAAUCCAACUUCAGGAAACCCUCCAUCAUCAUGGAGGAGUCAGAUGACCUGACUGAAGUGUCAAAGCCUCCCACCCUGCAGACAGUGAAGGAGGACAGUGACGUCAUGAUUGGAGAAGGACCCACUCUGGACCGUCCGCUGACGUCUCUCGAAAAACUGCACAUCAUUGUGGGAUACGCCAUCGUCAGACGCGACCUGAGGGAUGAGAUUUACUGUCAGAUCUGUAAGCAGCUUCAGGACAACAACAAUCGCAACAGCUACUUCCGUGGCUGGAUCCUGCUGUCGCUCUGUCUGGGCAUCUUCCCUCCCAGUGAUCGCUUCAUAAGAUACCUGCAAAGUUUCAUCCGUUUCGCUCCAGGAGGCUACGCUUCCUACUGUGCUGAGAGGCUGCGGCGCACAGUGAUGAACGGAGUGCGAGGGGAGCCUCCGGCCUGGCUGGAGCUGCAGGCCACCAAGACAAAGAAGCCCAUGAUUGUGUCUGUGAAGCUGAUGGACGGACGCUCCAUUAACCUGCCUGUCGACUCUGCAUCCACCUCCAAAGAGAUCUGCCAGCUCGUCUCGAACAAAAUCAAACUCAAAGACACAUUUGGCUUUUCUGUCUAUGUCGCCUUGUAUGAAAAGGUGUGGGCUCUGGGCAGCGGCCGUGAGCACGUGAUGGAUGCCAUUUCCCAGUGUGAGCAGGAGGUAAAGAGACGAGGAGGACAGGAACAACACGCUCCAUGGCGUCUCUUCUUCCGAAAGGAGGUCUUCACCCCGUGGCACGACUGCAAAGAGGACACCAUCAGCACAGACCUCAUCUACAAACAGAUCAUCCACGGUCUGAAGUUUGGGGAGUACCAAAGUGAAAAGGAGGAUGAUUUUAUUGAGUUUGCUGCGAAACAUUUAUACGUGCAGCACGGCUCAGAUAGCAGUCCAGAACAUGUGAAGGAAGCUGUUCAGGAAUGCAUCAACAACUCUCUGCUGGAGGCCAAGUCGGAGGCUAAAUGGGUGCAGAUGGUCAGCACGGCUCACGCUCAGAGUUCAUUUUUGAGUUCAAGACAGAAGGCGGACUCAGUGAAGGCCGAGAUGGUCGACUACGCACGAGAGAAGUGGCCCAUGUUCUUCUCCAGGUUCUUUGAAGUGGUCAAACUGUCAGGUCCGCCACUGCCAAAGAGCAAGUUCAUCGUGGCCAUAAACUGGACUGGUAUCACUUUCCUGGACGAGAGAGAGAAGAGGCUGCUGGAGCUCUCCUUCCCCGAAGUCACCGGCGUCAACACCGUCAGGUAGACGUCGAGGACGGGUAAAGCGUCUGGUCAGAUGGUGAGCCUGGUGACGCUGAAAGGAGACUUCACUCUGAGUGGAAGCACAGCGGCGGACAUGGCCGAGCUGGUCACGAUGUUCCUCAGUGGACUGACAGAGAGAUCUCAGUACGCUGUGACCCUGAAGGAAGCCGACAGGCAAGAUGACCCCACAUUCCUGAACUUCAAGAAGGGAGAACUCAUCAUAAUAAUCAAAGACGACGAGUUUUCUCAGCAGCGUGGCUGGAUGAAGGGCCAGAGCGAGAGCACGAAACAAACAGGAGCCGUCCCGGUGGAGGCCAUUUUAAUCCUGCCGACACUCAGCAAACCCACCAAAGAGGUCAUGAGCCUCCUCAACUUAUCUCCGAACCAGAGGAAGGACAUCAUUCAAGCAAAUCUGAAAGAAACAGGAACUAUGGAGAGAUUAGCUCCGGUAUCGCUGAGAGUCUCCCUCGAGUACUUCAGGCAGCCCACUAAGGAUGUGAACCGCCAGGUGAUGUCCAGGAACGCCGCCCCCGAGAGGCUGUGGGCGAACUCCAGAGAGCCAAUCAGACAGCCGCUCCUCAAGAAGCUGGUGGGAAACCCCGACCUGAGCCACAAAGCCUGUCUGGCCUUCACUGCGAUCCUGAAAUAUAUGGGUGAUUAUCCCACCAAGCAGAUGCAGAGCUCUCUGGAGCUCACCGACCAGAUCUUCGGCCCCACCGCUCAAAACGAGGCGCUCAGGGAUGAGAUCUACUGCCAGAUCAUGAAGCAGAUGACCAGCAAUAACAACAGGUUCAGCAUGGAGCAGGGCUGGCAGCUGCUGUGGCUCUGCUGCGGCCUGUUUCCUCCCAGCCAGCCUCUUCUGAAGCACACUCAGCAAUUCCUGGAGUCACGCCGCAGAGAGCCCCUCGCCUCCGACUGCCUGCAGCGUCUGCAGAGCUCCCUGAGGAUGGAGCCCAGAAAGCUCCCACCACACCAGGCUGAGGUGGACGCCAUCCAACAGAACAGCACCCAGAUCCUACACAAAAUCCACUUCCCCAACGACACAGCGGAGAUAUUUGAGGUCGGGACAAACACCAGGAUCAAGGAUCUCAUCCAGAACAUCACCAAGAAGCUCAAUCUGGCUUCAGGAGACGGCUUCAGCAUUUUUGUUAAAAUACAGGACAAGCUUCUCAGUUUGAAUGACUCAGACUACUUCUUUGAUAGUCUGAGACAAAUCACCGACUGGUCCAAGAAAGCCAAGCGGUCCAAAGAUGGCGGGCCAGUCAACAUGCACUACCUUGUGUUCUUCAUGAGGAAGUUGUGGUUCAACGUGGUGCCUGGCAGAGACACAGAGGCCGACCUUAUCUUCCAUUUCCCUCAGGAGCUACCAAAGUACCUCAAAGGCUAUCAUGCUUGCACCAAAGAGGAAAUGGUCAACAUCGCAGGUCUGCUCUUCAGAAUAAAGGUCGGCAGUGAUAAGAGCCAGUUAGUCAUGAUUCCCAAGAUGCUGAAGGAGCUGGUGCCCGCCGACCAACUGAAGGCCGUGUCCGAAAAUGAGUGGAAGAAGGGUAUUACCGCCUCUUAUAACACACAAGCAGGAAUGAGUGUUGAAGAUGCAAAGCUGGCGUUUCUGAAGGUGGUCUUCCGCUGGCCGACAUUCGGCUCUGCGUUCUUUGAAGUGAAGCAAACAUCAGAACCAAAUUUCCCAGAUAUUGUGCGAAUAGCUAUCAGCAAGCAAGGACUCUCCAUCUACCACCCUAAAACCAAGGACAUGCUGGCAAAUCACCCCUUCAACCGCAUCGCUAACUGGUGCAGCGGCAGCACCUACUUUCACAUGACCACCGGCAGUUUGGUGAAGGGGAGCAAAUUCCUGUGUGAAACUUCAAUGGGUUACAAGAUGGAUGAUCUUAUAACCUCCUAUGUCAACAUGUACCUCAGAGAGAGGAGGGCAGUGCAAACCAGGAACCAGCGCUUCGACAUCUGAGCCUCAGUGGCUCGAGUGUGACGCAACUCGUGUCUGUAGCUGCAGAUUUAAACCCACACAGUCGACAUGUAGUUUAUACACACACGCACACACACACACACACACACACACACACACACACAAAGGCAGAGAAGAAGACGAGUUCUGUUUUUAAAAGUGCAAUCAGCUUUAUUUGUGCUCUGUUGAAAAACAGAAAUUGAUUUAUUGCAUGAAAGAAAGGUGUUGUAGAUUUCUCUUAUUUUAUUUAAAUUUAAUGUUUCUUUAGCGUGUAUUCAAGUAAAUUCAUCCAAAGUGUAGAACCCACAUUUUAAGUAAUGCUAAUACUGUGCACACAUUUUCUUAGUCUGAGUGAAAAACAAAAAUAUAUGGUUCAUGAUCCACAAAUAUAAACACAUUAACAUAUGUGUUUUACAAUUUGUGAAUAAAUUAUGAUUUCCAUUAAUGCCCACAUUUCCCCUCUGCCCGCCCAUAAAUGCCUACCAGGUUUAAUAAAUUUAAAAUAAAUGUACAAAUAGAUACAACCUUAAAUUCAAUAAAUGUCAAUUUAAUUUCUUCACUUCAGUUCAGUUCAGCUUUAAUGUUAUUUUGUCAUACUUUUGUUGUGCAGAGCAAAAUGAGUUCAGAGGUCUCAGGUGCAAAAUACAGAAAUAAAAAACACCAAAAACACCCCAAUAAUUAAAAUAUGUCAGUGUCUAAAAAUAUGACUCUAACUUUGUUGGCUGCAUUUGUAAAGUGUCCGAUACUUUCUACUUUCUGCUGUGAAAAAUGGCAAAUGAAAGCUUUUGAA